AUGUCACAGCUUGACGCUCCCGGCUUCUCCAUCGACCCUCGGUCGCCCAGCGUCCUCCCGUACUCGUGCACCUUCUAUCCCACGCUCAACGGUGCCUUGUCCGCACGUCGCCUCCUAGAACAUAGACUGCCGCCCGAGCUUGCGGUUGCCGUCGUCUUCCUUGGCUACAGCCCGUGGCUCCUGAAGCGCCGGGUUGAAGAGCGAAGGUACAACGCAAACGAUUUCUGGAUGCCCGGGCCCCGGGCCAGCGUUGCCGGGCUGUAUCUCAGCACUGAGCGCAUCCCAACCGACAUUGGACCCGUCAUCCCGCAACGCAUCAUCUUCCAAACGAGGGCGGCCGACCAGGGAUGGGCUACGUUCGGCGGCAACGGAACGUUUGACAACAACCACACAUGGUUCGAAGCCAGCAUCCUACAACCGUCAUGUCGGGGGGGUGUGGGAGACGAUCCUCGAAGUGUGGCGCUCGAAGAUGACAAUGUGCUGUCGAAUCCCUGGGAGAACGCCGAGUCUGCGAGGCAGGCAUUGAGGGACAAGGGGUGGGAUUUUGUAGAGACGGAGGACGGACAAAUCACCUGGAGAGUGUGUAGCAACAUUACGGCGAGGAGUGACUAUCGGAAUUACAGAGUUGAAUGGCAACGGGGGGUCAAGACGGAAGUCGACGACGAGAGGGCUGUUGGGAAAGGCGAGGGCUUCUUGGAGCUGCUGGAACCGGGAUGCAUCGUGGUACUUUGGGCGAGGGCUGAGCAACAACUUUGGGUCAAUCACGUUGCAGCGGCAAGCAUUGAGAUUGAGUAUGGGCUGCUGUAA